AUAUAUAUUUGUCAAGGAGAGAAAAGAAAAAUUCACAACUACAAACUCAAUUUUUAUUUACCAAAGACCAAGAAAAAAAAAAGAAUUAAAAACAUAGAAAGUAGAAAAAGUUAAAGAAAACCCAGCUAUAGAAAGAGUGAAUGAGUGAGAAUCAUGUGAUCUACCAGUUCCUGUCUCUCUCUCUAAGAAUCAAAAGCUAUAAACUUUAUGUAAAUUCCCCCAACAAUCACCUCUUUUUGGUUGUGGUUGGCUUUUUGGUAUAUGUAAUGUUUUAGGGUCAAGUCUGAGUCUGAGUGUAUUUGUUUUCUUGGUUUUUGGUAUUUGGUUUUUCAAUGGCUUCAAGUGCUUCAAGGUUCAUCAAAUGUGUGACAGUGGGAGAUGGGGCUGUGGGGAAGACUUGCAUGCUUAUUUGCUAUACAAGCAACAAAUUCCCAACUGAUUAUAUACCUACAGUGUUCGAUAACUUCAGUGCAAAUGUAGUGGUUGAAGGCAUGACUGUAAAUUUAGGCCUUUGGGAUACAGCUGGUCAAGAGGAUUACAAUAGAUUAAGACCCUUAAGCUACAGGAGUGCAGAUGUCUUUGUCUUGGCUUUCUCAUUAGUUAGUCGCGCAAGCUAUGAGAACGUAUUGAAAAAGUGGAUCCCUGAACUUCAGCAUUACGCUCCUGGAGUACCUGUAGUUCUUGUUGGAACCAAAUUGGAUCUUCGAGAGGAUAAGCACUACUUGGCUGAUCAUCCAGGAUUGGUGCCUGUGACAACUGCUCAGGGUGAAGAACUGCGGAAACAGAUUGGUGCUGCAUAUUACGUUGAAUGCAGUUCAAAAACUCAGCAGAAUGUGAAGGCAGUUUUCGAUUCUGCAAUCAGGGUGGUUAUCAAACCACCACAGAAGCAAAAAGAAAAGAAGAAAAAACGUCGAGGAUGUCUACUAAAUGUCAUUUGCGGUCGGAAGCUCGUCUGUUUAAAAUGAAAGUACUUCCCUCUGGAUGGUGCUGCCACCUUGAAGCCCUUCAUCAUUGUCAGGCCAUCGGAUUUCCAGUAGUUUGAUUUUGUAUUGACGUAGGCUACAUUGCAUGCAGCACAGGAUCUCUCAUAAUGCGACAUGAACGACGCCAAGUGUUUCCUGUUUUUAUUUUUCUUAUUCCAUUUUGGUUUCUUUAGUUAAUACGAAAAGAUAUUGGAAGAAAACGUAUAGUCAUAAUUCAAAUGCUAACCUUCCUGCUUAUUUUUCAUUGUAAAAUAUUCAAGUUGUAAGGCCUUUGUGUAACAGAGUAAUGCCUUGUUCAUUGAUUGUCAUUCA